UUUCUACUGGCCGUCAUGUUUUCCUUCUUCAAGCCUUCAACCCUCGUCGCCAUAGGCGCCGUGAUCUUGUUCCUUCUUCAGUUCGCUCAAGCCUACAUCGUCUUCUCAACAGAUUCCGUCGUUAGUUAUUCACCAUCCGGGUCUUGGUUCAUUCUGGACGAGCCAGGCUCUGCUGGGUGCGGCACCGAAUUUCUCCUUGGCGCUCGCAGCAACGGGAUUGUUACCUUCACCUUUCCCGCUCCGUCGACGACUCUACAGUGGUGGGGAUUUCAACGUUCUGAUGGCGGUGUAGCGCAGGUCUGCGUCGAUAAUCUGCCUUGCACCCAGUUUUCAUACAAGAAUGCCUCCACGAACGGCUCCGAAAAUCCUCGCCUUCUGGCAAACAUCACAGGGUUGACGAACAAAGUCCACACUGUGACGAUUACGAAUGUGUUGGACACAUCCGUCAACGCUUUUGGACAACUGACUGUUGAUCGAUUCGUCCUCAGCGGCAGCCUUCCGGCCCCAACAUUCCCGUCUAACACGUUCAUCUCAUCGGUUCCUCUUGGAUUUGCCUACCAUGCACCGAUCAUUCUGGGGGGGAACAAACCUGCACUGAAUGUGCUGCUCGACACUGGUGCACCGAACGUCUGGGUCAUCUCAAACUUAUGCAACUCGAACAAUUGCGCCGGACACAACAAGUACGCGCCUGGACCCGGCUUUCAAAAUCUCAGCAUCCAGGAUACGGCAGUGUUUGGUAGUGGCGGACCGGAUAAUACCUUGGUUACGUGGCGGGUCAAUGAUAGCGUGACCUGGGGAACUUCGACAAUCGCGGAAACCACCAUAGGCGCUGCGGUCGGGAUCCCAACAGGCGAAACGCUCGACGGAAACUUCGGCAUGGCGAAGUCUGCAUAUGCCAAGUGCGGGGCUGGUAACUACAACAACUUCUUGGAGAACAUGUUUAUGCAAGGAGAUAUCGUCAACGCCGUCAUAGCUUUGUAUCAACUAGACGGUUCCGAGGGCGCCCCAUCCGGUGUCACCUCCGAGGGAUCGAUUGGCGGUCUCGAUGCAAACAAGUUCACUGGCAGUAUUGACUGGAUCCAGAUGAACCCCCAAGGACAAUGGCAAAGCCCCGCAUCCCAACGUAUUGUUAAAACUUCGUCAUCGUCCAGCGGUGUUGAUGCGACCAAUCUGUUCAACCACCCAGUACUCGCAUUCGACACCGGCGAUAACCAACUAUUGGGCCUUCCCCAUGAUGACUGGCUCACGCUCAUGUCCCUGCUCGGUGCGCAAGGCUCCGACAGUAACGGCAAUUUCCUCAUUCCCUGUGGAUCGACAAUGACAUACAACUUCUUCGGCACAAAGAACCGCGAGUACACAUUCAGUAUUGCUGACACUACCACCAACAAUGGCCAGGGCUUCUGCAAGCCAACAGUCAUCGAUUCGGGCUCCACGACCAAUUGGAUCACCGGUAUGCCGUUCCUCCAUCAGUACUACGUUGCAUUCCACUACACCGCGAACAUGAUGGGCUUUGGAACGCGCAAUUUGGGUGCAAGCGCAGCGCAGAGCAAGCCGUUCGUCGGUUGAGAAGUAAAGUCCGUCGUGGGUGGCCGUGGAUCGCUAGGCAUGUGCAUUAAGCCCGAAAGGAGAUCUUCUGUUGCUUU